GAAUCAGAACAAUGACUGCGCCGCCCGGUCCUUGGGAGCGUCUCGGAGGACUGUGAGCAGCCGCCGCCGGGAGAGUGGCGGGCGGCGCAGCCUGGGCCGCGCGGUGUCAACGCUGGGCUCCGGAGCCUGCAACGCAGACCCUGCCCAGCGCCCGCAGCCCGCGCGGAGCCGCGGGGCUCCAGCGCUGCAGCCGCUACUCGGCAGCUGUGCAUUGUUGUGAGCCGGGGCAGGGGCGCGGGGAUUACAAAGCCCGAAGACCCGGGACCCUCUUUAGCCAUGUGGAUACCUACGGACCACGAGAAAUACGGCGUGGUUAUUGCCAGUUUCCGAGGAACCGUCCCAUUCGGCCUGUCGCUGGAAAUUGGAGAUACAGUUCAGAUCCUGGAGAAGUGUGAUGGCUGGUACAGAGGAUUUGCCUUAAAAAACCCAAACAUCAAGGGUAUCUUUCCUUCCAGCUACGUUCACUUGAAAAAUGCCUUUGUGAAGAACAAAGGACAAUUUGAAAUGGUUAUUCCCACUGAAGACUCUGUUAUCACAGAAAUGACAUCAACACUAAGAGACUGGGGUACCAUGUGGAAACAACUCUAUGUGAGGAACGAAGGCGACCUCUUCCACCGGCUGUGGCACAUCAUGAACGAAAUCCUGGAUCUGCGACGGCAGGUGCUGGUGGGCCACCUGACUCACGACCGGAUGAAGGACGUGAAGCGCCACAUCACCGCCCGCCUCGACUGGGGCAAUGAACAACUGGGACUGGACCUGGUGCCCAGGAAAGAGUAUGCAAUGGUGGACCCAGAGGAUGUCAGCGUCACUGAGCUCUACCGAUUGAUGGAGCAUCGACAUCGCAAGAAAGACACCCCCAUGCAGGCCAGCAGUCACCACCUGUUCGUGCAGAUGAAGAGCCUCAUGUGCUCUAACCUGGGAGAGGAGCUGGAGGUCAUCUUCUCGCUCUUUGACAGUAAGGAGAAUCGACCCAUCAGUGAAAGAUUUUUCUUGAGGCUGAAUAGAAACGGGCUUCCCAAAGCCCCAGAUAAACCAGAACGACACUGCUCUCUCUUUGUGGACUUGGGUAGCAGCGAGCUGAGAAGGGACAUCUAUGUCACUGUACACAUUAUCCGAAUCGGCCGAAUGGGGGCAGGAGAGAAAAAGAAUGCAUGUAGUGUUCAGUACCGGCGACCCUUUGGCUGUGCAGUUCUUAGCAUUGCUGACCUGUUGACCGGAGAGACGAAAGAUGACCUCAUCCUGAAAGUGUACAUGUGUAACACAGAGAGUGAGUGGUACCAAAUCCACGAGAACAUCAUCAAAAAGCUGAACGCGCGUUAUAAUUUGACUGGCUCCAACGCGGGUUUAGCAGUUUCCCUACAACUGUUGCAUGGAGACAUCGAACAAAUCAGAAGAGAGUACUCAUCAGUAUUUUCUCACGGAGUGUCCAUAACGAGGAAGUUGGGUUUUUCUAAUAUUAUUAUGCCCGGUGAAAUGAGGAAUGAUUUAUACAUCACUAUAGAACGGGGAGAAUUUGAGAAAGGAGGGAAGAGUGUGGCCAGGAAUGUGGAAGUUACAAUGUUCAUUGUAGAGAGUAGCGGCCAGACCUUGAAGGAUUUCAUCUCCUUCGGCUCCGGAGAGCCGCCCGCCGGCGAAUACCGCUCCUUCGUGCUUUAUCACAACAACAGCCCGCGCUGGGCCGAGCUGCUGAAGCUGCCUAUUCCCGUGGAUAAAUUCCGGGGCGCGCACAUCCGCUUCGAGUUUCGGCACUGCUCCACAAAGGAGAAAGGAGAGAAGAAGUUGUUUGGUUUCUCUUUCGUCCCCCUGAUGCAGGAGGAUGGCCGGACUCUUCCAGAUGGCACUCACGAGCUGAUCGUGCAUAAGUGUGAAGAAAACACAAAUCUUCAGGAUGCUACCCGCUACCUCAAACUUCCCUUUUCCAAGGGCAUCCUCCUUGGGAAUAAUAAUCAAGCGAUGAAGGCCACAAAAGAGUCUUUUUGGAUAACAUCUUUUCUCUGCUCCACGAAACUCACACAGAACGGUGAUAUGCUUGAUCUUUUGAAAUGGAGAACCCACCCGGACAAGAUCACAGGCUGUCUGUCUAAACUGAAAGAAAUCGAUGGCUCAGAGAUCGUAAAGUUUCUGCAAGAUACACUGGAUACCUUAUUUGGAAUUUUAGAUGAAAAUUCCCAAAAAUAUGGUUCUAAAGUGUUUGAUUCUUUGGUCCACAUAAUAAAUUUGCUGCAAGAUAGCAAAUUUCAUCAUUUUAAACCUGUAAUGGACACUUAUAUUGAGAGUCAUUUUGCUGGGGCACUGGCAUACAGAGAUCUCAUCAAAGUGCUCAAGUGGUAUGUGGACAGGAUAAUGGAGGCGGAGCGGCAAGAGCACAUCCAGGCAGUGCUGAAGGCACAAGAAUACAUUUUUAAGUACAUAGUUCAAUCUCGAAGGCUGUUUUCCCUCGCCACCGGUGGCCAGAACGAGGAGGAAUUCCGCUGCUGUAUCCAGGAGCUCCUCAUGUCAGUCCGUUUCUUUCUUUCACAAGAGAGCAAAGGGUCUGGAGCGUUAUCCCAAUCACAGGCCGUGUUUCUGAGCUCCUUCCCAGCCGUGUACUCAGAGCUGUUGAAGCUCUUCGAUGUCCGGGAAGUGGCCAGCUUGGUGCAGGACACGCUGGGCAGCCUGCCGACCAUCGUGCACGUGGACGACUCCCUCCAGGCCGUGAAGCUGCAGUGCAUUGGCAAAACCGUGGAAAGCCAGCUUUACACCAACCCAGAUUCCAGGUACAUCCUCUUACCUGUCGUGCUGCAUCACCUUCACAUGCACCUGCAAGAGCAGAAGGACCUGGUCAUGUGCGCACGGAUCCUUAGCAACGUGUUUUGUCUCAUCAAGAAAAACAGCUCAGAAAAAUCCGUGUUGGAGGAAAUAGACGUGAUAGUGGCCAGUCUGCUCGACAUCUUGCUGAGGACAAUACUGGAGGUCACCAGUCGACCUCAGCCGUCCGGCUCUGCCAUGCGGCUCCAGUUCCAGGAUGUCACCGGGGAGUUUGUUGCUUGUCUCCUGUCCCUAUUACGACAAAUGACAGAUAGACAUUAUCAACAGCUUCUUGAUAGUUUCAAUACAAAAGAAGAGCUACGGGAUUUCCUGCUGCAGAUAUUUACAGUGUUCCGGAUAUUGAUACGCCCAGAGAUGUUUCCAAAGGACUGGACUGUUAUGCGCCUCGUGGCUAACAACGUUAUUAUUACAACAGUUCUGUACCUGUCAGAUGCACUUCGUAAAAACUUCUUAAAUGAGAACUUUGAUUAUAAGAUCUGGGAUUCCUAUUUUUACCUAGCAGUCAUUUUUAUAAACCAGUUGUGUCUGCAAUUGGAGAUGUUUACACCUUCCAAAAAGAAAAAGGUGUUAGAAAAGUAUGGUGACAUGCGGGUGACAAUGGGCUGUGAAAUUUUCAGCAUGUGGCAAAACCUAGGAGAGCACAAACUUCAUUUCAUCCCUGCCCUGAUUGGCCCCUUUCUAGAAGUGACCUUGAUACCUCAGCCAGAUCUCCGGAACGUCAUGAUUCCUAUUUUUCAUGACAUGAUGGAUUGGGAGCAGAGGCGGAGUGGCAAUUUUAAACAGGUGGAAGCCAAGCUGAUUGACAAAUUGGACAGCCUGAUGUCAGAAGGUAAAGGUGAUGAAACCUACCGUGAGCUCUUCAACAGUAUAAUUCCACUAUUUGGUCCCUAUCCUAGUCUACUAAAGAAAAUUGAGCGGGAAACAUGGAGGGAAAGUGGCGUUUCCUUAAUCGCCACCGUAACGCGUCUAAUGGAGAGGUUGUUAGAUUACAGGGACUGCAUGAAAAUGGGAGAGGUAGACGGCAAAAAGAUUGGCUGCACAGUUAGCCUUCUGAACUUCUAUAAGACUGAAUUGAAUAAGGAAGAGAUGUAUAUACGCUACAUUCACAAACUCUAUGACCUGCAUCUCAAAGCACAGAACUUCACAGAGGCCGCCUACACCCUGCUGUUAUACGAUGAGCUACUGGAAUGGUCGGACCGGCCCCUGCGGGAGUUCCUGGCAUACCCCAUGCAGACGGAGUGGCAGCGGAAGGAGCUUCUCCACCUGACCAUCAUCCAGAACUUCGACAGAGGCAAAUGUUGGGAGAAUGGCAUCAUCUUAUGCCGGAAGAUCGCAGACCAGUAUGAGAGUUACUAUGACUACAGGAACCUGAGCAAGAUGAGGAUGAUGGAAGCCUCCUUGUAUGACAAAAUUAUGGACCAGCAACGUCUUGAACCGGAGUUCUUUAGAGUUGGAUUUUAUGGGAAAAAAUUUCCAUUUUUCUUAAGAAACAAGGAGUUCGUGUGUCGAGGGCAUGACUACGAGAGGCUGGAGGCCUUCCAGCAGCGGAUGCUCAGCGAGUUUCCCCACGCUAUCGCCAUGCAGCACGCCAACCAGCCCGACGAGACCAUCUUCCAGGCGGAAGCUCAGUAUUUGCAGAUCUACGCUGUGACCCCCAUCCCGGAGAGCCAGGAGGUCCUACAGAGAGAGGGUGUUCCGGACAACAUCAAAAGUUUCUAUAAAGUGAAUCAUAUCUGGAAAUUCCGUUAUGACAGACCGUUUCACAAAGGCACAAAAGACAAAGAAAAUGAAUUCAAGAGCCUCUGGGUGGAGAGAACGUCCUUAUACCUGGUGCAGAGUUUGCCUGGAAUUUCCCGCUGGUUUGAGGUGGAGAAGCGAGAAGUGGUAGAAAUGAGUCCUCUGGAAAAUGCAAUUGAAGUGUUAGAAAAUAAGAAUCAGCAGCUGAAGACUUUGAUUAGUCAGUGUCAGACCAGACAGAUGCAGAAUAUCAACCCCCUGACCAUGUGCCUGAACGGAGUCAUCGACGCUGCGGUUAAUGGCGGAGUGGCCAGGUAUCAAGAGGCAUUCUUUGUCAAGGAAUAUAUCUUAAGUCACCCUGAAGAUGGAGAGAAAAUUGCACGGUUAAGAGAGUUGAUGCUUGAGCAGGCACAGAUUUUGGAAUUUGGUUUGGCCGUGCACGAGAAGUUCGUACCUCAAGAUAUGAGACCCCUUCACAAAAAGUUGGUUGACCAGUUCUUUGUGAUGAAGUCGAGCUUAGGGAUACAGGAGUUCUCUGCUUGUAUACAAGCCAGUCCAGUCCAUUUUCCUAAUGGAAGUCCUCGCGUGUGUAGAAACUCAGCACCUGCUUCUAUGAGCCCAAAUGGUACCCGGGUAAUCCCUAGACGCAGCCCGUUAAGUUACCCAGCCGUCAACCGGUAUUCUUCCUCCUCACUGUCCUCACAAGCGUCUGCCGAAGUAAGCAAUAUUACAGGGCAAUCAGAAAGCUCUGAUGAAGUCUUUAACAUGCAGCCAAGUCCAUCUACCUCAAGCCUGAGUUCUACUCACUCCGCUUCUCCCAAUGUGACAAGUUCUGCUCCAUCGAGUGCAAGAGCUUCUCCCCUGUUGUCCGACAAACACAAACAUUCCAGAGAAAACUGUUGCUUGUCCCCAAGAGAGAGACCGUGCAGUGCCAUCUAUCCGACACCUGUGGAACCUUCUCAGAGGUUGCUGCUCAAUCAUAUUGGAGAUGGAGCCCUGCCACGCAGUGACCCAAAUCUUUCAGCGCCUGAGAAAGCUGUGAACCCCACCCCUAGCAGCUGGAGCCUGGACAGUGGGAAAGAAGCCAAGAACAUGUCGGAUAGUGGGAAACUUAUCUCUCCCCCUAUCCCUCCAAGACCCACACAGACUGCUUCGCCAGCGAGACACACGACGUCAGUGUCCCCCUCGCCUGCCGGGCGGUCUCCACUGAAGGGCUCUGUGCAGCCUUUCACGCCCUCCCCAGUGGAGUACCACUCACCGGGACUGAUCUCCAACUCCCCCGUCCUGUCGGGCAGCUGCAGCAGUGGGAUUUCUUCUCUCAGCCGGUGUAGCAUGUCCGAGACCUCAGGCUUUGAAAAUCAGGUGAAUGACCAGGUGGCACCAGGCUCGGGACCGGGCUACAGCGGGCCGGAGGAACCUGUGCGGAAGGAGAGCAAGACGCCGCCGCCCUACAGCGUCUACGAGCGGACUCUGCGGCGCCCGGUCCCCCUGCCGCACAGCCUGUCCAUCCCCGUCGCUCCCGAGCCGCCCGCCCUGCCCCCCAAGCCGCUGGCGGUGCGGUCCGGCCACCUGGAGAACGGAACCAGGAGGACUGACCCCGGCCCGCGGCCCCGGCCCCUGCCUCGGAAGGUGUCUCAGUUAUAAGUCACUUUUAUACUGACCCGCGAUGAAUCCUUUGCCGUUUACAAGAGAAGUAUGAUGAGAAGGCAUUUAGUGUAGGCACUUUAAUAACUUAGAUUUGUCUUUAAAUGAAUGGAAUUAAAACUUGCUUAUUAAUAUAAUAUUGCACAAUAUUAAAAGUUACUGACCUAACAUGCCAGAUGUUACAUGAAGUAUGGCUGAAUUUCAUUACAGCGUUUCUCAUUUGAAAGUGGUAAAUAGGGAUAAAGACUUCUUUUGUAUCUUUUUAUGUUCUCUUUUUUUACAUAGUUUAAUGUUAAAACCAAUACAGUAUUGUCGAACAAUACGAUGUGUGAUAAUGUUGUACACUUUUUACUGAAUACUUGAUACUCUGAGAAAGCUUAUUAGGUCAGUGCACAUCCUCACACAACGGUUCUGUAGAAGCCUUUUGGAAAUAAGGUGAGCUUUCUGGCUCUUCCAUGAGUAGACUGACGAAUGCACAUCAUCAGAAUUAAAAGUUAGGGCAGGCUAGUUAGACGGUAUACUGUAGGGGCAAGCAAGGGUUUGCACUGGGAGUUUUAUUCUUAAAAUUCUUUUUUAAGGUUGCUUUUCACAUAUGACAGCUGUCUGCAUUCUCAAAAUUCAACUUUGUGAAUUGACUGGUAAAUCCUUUAGUACCCUGAUGCCAUGCUAUCUACUGUAUUUCUUUUCAAGGUGCAAUUUACUUUCAGAGUCAAGAUUAAGCAAAAUCGGGUAGAUGAAGUAAAAGACCCCUAGGAGAAAUGAUUGCUUGAAUCUUGUGUUUCCUUACUUAAUACUUUCCUGUACCAGAGUUGUCGUUGAAGAACAGAUGUUCAUGUAUUAAAGAGGCACAAAUUAAUGUGUCCCAUUAGCAAGAAUUCAGGAAUCGAUGCAGGACAGUAGUAAAUCAAUAGCAUCAAUGAAGAAGGAGAAACAAAAGCCUGAGAGAAACUAUAUUACCAUGAUUAAAUGGCAAAAGGACUUUGAGAAGGCAAGGGCAUUAACUUUCAAUCCUGCACGAAAUUAAAGCUUCCUCACUCCUCCCCAUUCUUCCCCCCCCCCCCCGCCCCCCGCCCCCAGCUGGUCUUCUCUGAGGCUCCUACUGGCUUUUGUUGAAAGAGGAUGUCCCUGUGAAUAUUGCAUCACAGCAUCUUAGCUGUACGUAGGGAUGCAAAUGCCACAGCUGUAAGAUGUGGGAAAAGCACCUUGUAUGUAGUAAUGUAUUUUGUACCUGUUUUUUCUUGUACUGACUGUUUAUAACACUCAAUUGACAAUAGAUAUGAACUGUAUUUUAAAUCAUGCUGUUAAAUAUUUUCCCUCUUUUGUUGGGAAGCUCAUUUUAGUUUAACUGUGUUUGUUUUUGUAGAUAGCUUACCUGGAAGGCAGUGACCACUUUUUUAUAUUCUCUUAAUGAAACCAUUCAGCAGGUAUAUGCUGUUGAGGCUGGUUAUAGAGGUUUUCUAUAAUAAAUGUUCAAGUAUUUUUGUACAUAACUGGUUAAUUUUAAUAAGAGAUACCAUUAUGUGUAAAAAAAACAGUAAAAAUAAAAGCAAACGGUUGUGGAUGCAGUAUGAUUGUUAUAAUUAUGCCAAAUACUUUAUGGAAAAAAAUAUUUGUACAUAUGUGCUUUUAACAAUAAUUCUGCCAUAUUGACUUUACAAUUUUGAAUGUCAGAAAAAUUAAUAUAUGUUAAAAUAUUUAUGUUUAGUGAAGGUAUUCAUAAUUGAGAAAAGGAACAUAUACAUUUUAGCUUUGUAUCUUGCAAGUUUUGCAGCUGGAAAUUUCUUGAACUAGCUUUUGCUUUUGAUGAUAACACUUUGUGUUUGUAAUCACAUCCUUGAAAACAUAUGUAGAUAUAUAUAGGAAGCUACAUAUUUCUGUUGCUUUAAAGAAGUACAGCCUUCCAUUUAAAUAAGGUGACAUGCAUAAGAUAACAAAGCUUCUUGGAUUUCCUUUUCCUCUGUAAUUUAAUAGAUUUGUUCACUAGUGCUUGGGCACAGUGUAAAUCAGUGUUAUUUGCUCUUGAAGCCAUUUUUUAAAAAAAUUUUGCAAUGAACAGUUGAUCAAGUGUGUGUAUUUCUGAAGCAGCUAUAUAGCAGAACAUUUCAAGAGAUUCUGUUAGCUCAAAUGUUCAUGUUGGUUGCUGCUGAAUGGUAAAUAUUAAAUAAAAUUACCUGAUUAAUCUUGAAA